UCCGCUUUUUAUGUAAAGAACAACGCGUUUUAACGUUAAACAUUUUUUAAAUAGUGAAAUUUUCAUUGAUAACGCUUUCGUUAUCAGUGUGGAAACCGUUCUAAAAGCUAUGUUAGUUCGUUUGCAACGUCAAGGGGACGCGUUUAUAGGCAAUGUUAUUCAAUUGAUAUAACGCAAAAAUGGUUAUGAUAAAACGGAACUUGAGGAGCAUGCUAAAAUUUGCAUUUAUAUCAUUUGCAACUGUGAUAUUUACAGUACUUAUUUAUCGGACUAUAAGAGGGCACAAAAGUAUUAAAUAUGUUGAUGUUGUACCAGCUCCGCAAGCUCUUAUUGAGUCAAAAUUUCCAUUCCCUCCAUUGAUUUCCAAUGAAAAAAUUGAUUGGCACAACUAUGAUUUAAUAGAAAAAGAUAAAAAACGUACAGGAAUCGGAGAACAAGGAAAAGAGGUUAAAAAUCCUCAAAACAUUCCCAAUUACGAUAAACUUUUCAAAGUGAAUGGAUUUAACGCUGCCCUAAGUGACCAAAUAGCUUUAGAUAGAGCCAUUCCCGAUAUUAGACACAAAGGCUGUAAAAAGAAAAAAUACUUAAAAGAACUUCCAACCGUUAGCGUAAUUGUCCCGUUUCACAACGAACAUUGGACGACACUUUUACGAACCGUUCACAGCGUUUUAAAUCGAUCUCCUCAUAAUUUAUUAAAAGAAAUCAUCUUAGUUGACGAUUUCAGUUCGAAAGAAUUUAGCAAGAAACCUUUGGAUGAUUAUUUAUUGGUGAAUGCAACUAAAACUCGCGUUAUCCAUUUGAGUGAACGAAGUGGAUUAAUUCGGGCACGUUUGGCGGGGGCUAAAGAAGCUGUUGGAGAUGUUUUAGUGUUUUUAGAUUCUCAUACGGAGGCUAAUGUUAAUUGGUUACCACCUUUAUUAGAACCGAUCGCCCAAAACUAUAAAACUUGUGUUUGUCCGUUUAUUGAUGUCGUUCAAUACGAAACUUUUGAGUAUAGAGCUCAAGAUGAAGGUGCAAGAGGUGCUUUUGACUGGGAAUUGUAUUAUAAAAGAUUACCUUUACGCCCUGAGGAUUUAGAGCGCCCAACAGAACCUUUCGAGAGUCCUGUUAUGGCUGGUGGGUUAUUUGCAAUAAGUCAAAAAUUCUUUUGGGAAUUAGGAGGUUAUGAUGAAGGUUUAGAUAUUUGGGGUGGUGAACAAUAUGAGUUAAGUUUUAAAAUUUGGAUGUGUGGGGGUCAAAUGUACGACGCGCCAUGCUCAAGGGUAGGACAUAUUUACCGCAAAUACGCCCCAUUUCCAAAUCCGGGGAAAGGAGAUUUUGUGGGGAGGAAUUAUAAAAGAGUGGCUGAAGUUUGGAUGGACGAAUACGCCGAAUUUAUUUACAAACGGCGUCCGCAUUAUCGCAAAUUAGAUCCGGGUGAUUUAACUAAAGAAAAGGCGAUUCGAGAUCGUCUAAAAUGUAAAACUUUUAAAUGGUUUAUGGAAACGAUCGCUUUUGAUUUACCACUAAAAUAUCCACCAAUUGAACCGGACGAUUUUGCGUCUGGGGAAAUAAGAAACAUUGCAGCCCCCGAUUUAUGCGUUGACGCUUAUUAUAAACAAAGAGACCAACCGUUUGGUUUAAGAGAUUGCAUAAAAGGCACCUCGAAAGAAGGCGAGCAAAACUUCACGUUAACAUGGCACAAAGACAUCCGUAUGAAAGGAAAAACACUUUGUUGGGAUGUUUCUGAUCCAAAUGAUAAAGCCCAAAUCGUUUUAUAUCCAUGUCAUGGUGGAAAAGGUAAUCAAUAUUGGAGAUACGAUGUUGAUAAACAAUGGUUGGUACAUGGUGGGAAUCCCCGUUGUUUGGAUUGCGAUCCAGGUACGAAGAAAAUUUACGUAACUAAAUGCGAUACGGGAUCAAAAACGCAACGAUGGAGGUUUGAAAACGUUGACUUAAAAUUAAUGGAGAAAUGGGAGGAUAUUGGACCGGCUUAAAUCUUGAUUAUAAAAAAGUUGAAACAUUCCAGAGUGACAUGCUGUGAUAAAGAGACUUUAUGAUAUCAUCCUAAACUACUAAAAGAUCGAGACAAGAAAACGUAACUUUUUAUUAGUCUUAACCUCACUUUAUUAAGUACCUAUUUAUAGGAAAUAAGUUUUUUUAUAAUGUAACAUAUCAUGAUGUGUGUGCAUUUUUAACUUGUAAGAUAAAUAAAAUUAGAUAAUAAAUAAUAAAUUAAUUAAAAAUAUUAAA